AUCAGGCAGCGCGGGGGCGCAUGCGCGGGGCGGCAGCGAUGGCGUCGGGGUGCCGGGUCGGGCCGUCCAUCCUCAACAGCGACCUGGCGGCGCUGGGUGCGGAGUGCAGCCGCAUGCUGGACUGCGGGGCCGACUACCUGCACCUCGAUGUCAUGGACGGACACUUCGUCCCGAACAUCACCUUCGGCCACCCCGUCGUGGAGAGCCUGCGGAAGCAGCUGGGCCAGGACCCCUUCUUCGACAUGCACAUGAUGGUGGCCAGGCCGGAGCAGUGGGUGAAGCCGAUGGCUGUGGCGGGCGCCAACCAGUACACCUUCCACCUGGAAGCUACGGACAACCCGGGAGCGUUGAUAAAGGACAUUCGGGAGAAUGGGAUGAAGGUUGGCUUGGCGAUCAAGCCUUGCACCACGGUUGAGCACUUGGCACCUUGGGCCAAUCAGAUAGACAUGGCUUUGGUGAUGACAGUCGAACCUGGAUUUGGAGGGCAGAAAUUCAUGGAAGACAUGAUGCCAAAGGUUCAGUGGCUGAGGACUCAGUUUCCCUCACUGGACAUUGAAGUGGAUGGAGGAGUUGGACCCGACACCAUCCACAAGUGUGCAGAGGCAGGUGCAAAUAUGAUCGUAUCCGGCAGCGCCAUUAUGAAGAGUGCAGAUCCGAGAUCUGUGAUCAAUCUCCUAAGGAAUGUGUGUUCAGAAGCAGCUCAGAAGCGCUGUCUGGAUCGAUGAGACCCACCCGAGCGGUGUUCCAGCAGGCUCUGUGCGGGCAGGAGAUCCCUUGUUUCUCGUGUGAGGGAGGGCUGGAUGAACAUCUGAACAUAGAUUAUGGAAACACGCUGCUGCUCAACAGAGGAAUCAUCCCCUCGAUGCAGUGAAGCAAGCAGCAGUGCAAAACAUUCUGGCUGUGUUUCAGGGUUGGAAAUGCAAUGGUUUGAACCUGUCUCGUGAUUCUGAGGAAGCGCAGCCUAGGACACUGACUGGAUUCACCUAAACUGCAGUCAGUUAUUUGCUUGCUAUAAGAGUGUAGCAUCACCACAAGCAGUCUCUCUUGUGGAAGACUCUAAUCAAAACUGCCUUCUGCUAUCUGUAUUUGAUAUUUGAUCUGUGCAUUCCUACAAAACUUUUCCACUUCUGCAUUAAACACCCCUUCCUUGGUGUGGUAA